CAAUAUGUUUCAAUGAAGUUCUUAUUGUUACAAGCUUAUCAACGAAAACACAUUGAGGAUUUUUAUCAUAUGUUGUUAUUUCGGUUUUUUGGGCAUGGAGUUUUGGUAGAGAUAUUUUUCGUAGUGUAGAUUUUGUCUCAAGAAAAUAAUGGAACACGAAGAGAAGAAAAAGCCGAUCAAAGUUUACGCUCGUGUCAGACCUCUGAAUGAAGAAGAGGUAGAUAGAAACGAGAAAACAUCUGUCGAAACGUUUUUGGAGGACGAGAAAAAAAUAAAAAUACGAGAUGAAAAACAUUCUCAGGAGACGACUUAUUAUUUUGACGGUGUGUUUAGUGGUGAAGACUCCAAUGAAAAGGUUUUCUUUCAUACGACGAAACAUUUAGUGACAAAAUUUUUAAAUGGUAUGAAUUGUGCUGUUCUCACGUAUGGUCAAACUGGUUCAGGUAAGACAUUCACACUGAUGGCUGAUGGGUGUAUUACUGACUACGCUAUAACCGAGUUAUUUGAAAAAAUUAAUGCUGAUAAGAUUCAUAAAUAUAAGAUUACUUGCUCGUUCGUGCAAGUAUAUCUAGAGAAGGUAUACGAUUUACUUGGAGCAGAUAACAAGGAAGAACUUCCUGUACGAGAACAUCCCAAGAGAGGUAUUUAUGUUUCCAACCUGAGUCACCAUCAAGCGAAUAGCGCCGAAGAGGUAUUUACAUUGUUAGAGAAAGGAAAGGAAGAACUGGUUACUGCAGAAACUAAAAUGGUUCGACAAUCGAGCAGAUCGCAUUCAAUAUUUCAAUUGAGCAUCGAGAGACGAUUAGACGUGACGAAAAAGAAGCUAAUCCUCGCCAACACAGAACAUGGGGCACCAACUGAACUUCCUCACUUGUGCGUUCCGGAUGAUGUAAUGGUGUUAGAAGAAGACAUGGUACUACGAGGAAAAAUGGAUAUUUGUGAUUUGGCAGGAAGUGAGAGGCUUGGCAAAACAAUGGUUGAAGGGAUUAAUCGCAGUGAAGCUAGAUAUAUCAACUCGUCUUUGCUGGAGCUAGGAAAUGUCAUAUAUGCGUUAUCAGAAGGCAGAAGAAGACAUAUUCCAUUUCGUAAUUCAACGCUUACAAGAUUGCUACAAGAGUGUCUUGGAUCACGGUGCAUAACAAGUUUCAUCGUUUGUGUGGCACCUUCUGCCAGUGAAGCAUAUGAGACAAGAUGUAGUUUAAACUUCGGAACGAGAGCAAGAACGAUUACGAACAAAGAAAGAAUGAGCGUCAAUGUAGAAGUCGAUUACCAGUUACUAGCGAAGAAACUACGACGUAAAAUUGAACUCCUAGAAAAUGAAUUAAAUGAAUCACGACCUAUCAGGGAUUUCAUUUCCAGCUCUCUGCAAAACCUCAACAACACUGUGGAGACCCAGACGGAGCUAAUCAACAUGGAAGAACAGCUAUGCAGGGUCCAUCAACCAGGACCUUCUCUUGACACGUUGAAACACUGUUUAGGAAUAUCCGAAAUGCUUGAAGUAUUACUGGAAAACAACGAGAAUUUGUGCCAACAACAUAAAAAUUCCGAUACGCUGCGUUCGUCAGCCAUGAUGGAAAUGUUUACCAUGGCAACUAAAAGAAUAUCCAGUAUCCAUAACAACCUUGCGUGGGAGGAAUUUAAGGGGAAUGUGGAGAAACACGACGUAAACAACUUUAUUGAUAGCUGUCUGCAAAAGAUGGAGAAUGUUCGAAAUGAAAUGCUAGUCAUAAGUGAUGGGCAUGAUAAAAAUGAUUUAUUCGUGGAAGCUGCUUACACAAUUUCAGAAGCUUGCUCUGAUAUCGAAAACAUGCUGGGCAAUAUCUUGAAAUCAAAUACAAGUAUUCUCGAAUUGUUAGGUAGACGGUCUGGAGAUACAGAUUUUAACUCUUUGUAUGAAGUGAUGCAUCAUCUAAUGGACUUGUUCAGUGAACAUAACACAAUCUCUGACAAACAAAAUUGCAUGAAUUACAUCUACUAUCUUAUGAACCUGCUGCAAGUUUUACAAAUAACUCGUCUCCUGCUUGAAUCAUCCAGAAUCACUCCAAACGAAUGCAUCUCUGCUGCUUCAUCAAAACCCUUCAUUUGGUCAACAUCAGUAGAGGAAGGGACUUCGUCCGAUAUUGAAGGCAACUCUCAUGACGAUUCCUAUUUUGGCGAUAUUUCUUCUAUUACAAAAAUUGAUCAUGAUAGGCCAGAGAUUGAGCAAAUUACCAAUGAUCUCAAUAGUGAACGCAUUAAUCCACCCUUACAAGUCAAACUGAAUCGAAGCCAAUCAUUUAAAGUGAAAAGCGACAUGAUUUGGAACAGAAAUAUUGAAGACACCAGCACCAUAACAUUGCCAUCAGAGGACGGCUCAAUAGAUCCAUCUUUGGCAAAGUUGCCAAAGCGUAAGAGUAAAGUCCAUUCCAUGGAUUAUCCACGAACGCAAACAAAACGAUAUGUUUUUAUAGAUGAUGGCAGCACCAAGAGUUUAACUUCAGAUCAGAACGAAGUGGAAACAUAUCAAGUGAAGGCUGAAUUGAUAGAUUUGGAAAAGAGAUAUGACGAGCUAUCCAAGAAGUUUAAAACAACGGUUGGAGAAAAGGAUGUCUUGAAGGAUAAACUGAAGAAGUUACAACAGGACAAGAUGAUUUUGAUGACAGAAAGAGAUUACGCACAGCAACAAUUCGAAACAUUACUCAACAAACAAAUGGAUGUUAAUAAAUUAAAUGAAGAAAAUGAAAUCAAAAGGAUCAGCUCCAGAACAAGUAUCAUGCAGGAAGAAAACAACGAGGAAACAAUUGCAAUGUUAGAGAACAUGUUGAAAGAAAAAGAAGAAGACAUGAAAAGGUUGGAAACGGAGAAUAAAAACCUCCUGAAAAAUAUGGAUGAUCGAAAACAUUUGAGAUUCCUGCAAUCUUUUGUCGAAGAAAAGGAUGAAGAUAAUAACCAGAAUGAACAUGAUGCGAGGUACAACAAAGAACUGGUGGUGUUUGCAAACGACAUUCUUACAUUGUCAAAUGCAGUUGAUGUUGUCAACUAUCAGGAGUCGGUCAGAAGAAGCAUCAGCAACAUAGACGACAUCAACCAGCUAGAAUCUGAAUUAUUCUACAUGAUUGAGAACAAUGUGAAAUAUGAAGCUGCUUUGACGGACAUCCAAUUUAGAGUGAAUCGCAUGUUGACUGGUGAACCUAUUGCUUCAAAUGAAGAUGAUAACCUAAAAGUAUCGAAGAAGACAGUGGCUCCAAAGGUUGUCACAACACGAUCACCCAUGCAUGUCACAAAAAAGAUGACAGAUAUGAAGAGAAACCAACGUAAACGCAUUGAGCAGGUGCGUAAAAUGUACAGUGAGCAGCCUGUCACUGCGGCUAAGGAAAUCAAAGCCUGUCGCGCUAGCCGAGUAAAGGAGUUACUGCAGGAGAAACUUCGGAUGAAUGAUCAUAUUGACAAGCUGGAAAGAGAUUUGACGACAAAAGAUAUGGAGUUAAGGGAAUCCAAAAAGAAAAUAGAACUGUUGGUGAUGGAGCUAGGGCAUUUGGAUAUCGAACUUAACAGACAAAGUUCAACGUUGACCCUGUCACGGCAAGCCACAACAUUGUCAGUAUCAUCAAUCAAAGGUGACAAAUCGCAAAAGUGUGUUGAUGUUUGUUUGCCCAUUUGUGAGAACGAAGACGUUCAGAUUAUUGAGAUACCAGAAAUUCAAUACAGCGACAUGAUGAAUAUUGUCAAUACUUGCCUAACGCCUGUCGACGGAAGUAAAACGUUACAGGCGGUUAAAGAAGAGGAAAUGGUACCAGUGGAGGAAUUGCAGUCAAUGAAGUUGGAAGCGGAAACAUACAGGCGAAGGUAUAAAGACAUUGAAAGUUUGUACACGAAUUUAAAAGAAAAUGGCGAACAAAACAAUUUGUUGAAAGAAAAUAUUUCUUUGCAACGCAAAGCUACGUAUCUCGAAGAUUCCAACAGAGCAUUGAACAGCGAAAUAAAAACAAUAAAAUCAACGAACCAUGACCGGAAAUUAAAAGUGCAAGAAUUACGAGAAAGAAAUAACAGUUUAAUACAGGAAUUGGAGCAUUACAAACGACAGAGCGUCCAAACACAAGCCAAGAGUGAUGCUGCUAAGUUAAAACUUGAAAAGAAACUUUCCAAAGCUAAAGAAAGGUAUUCAACUCUUGAAAAUUAUGCUCAAAAAAUGGAAGACGAAAUACAAGUGUUAAGAAAACACGCCGCUAAUAAGAGUUUUAAUGACAGCGGGUUAGCUCAAUCCGAAGAUUCGGAAUAUCUUAUUGGUAUAUGAGCUGAACUUGGCUAAAGGCGAUAGUCCACUUUGAUCGGAAAGCACGAUGUACUUAGCGCUGCGCGUUCGUCCGUCCAAGCGGCACAAUGUCAUUGGGAACAGAAAUGCGCGCGCAAAUUAAAAAGGGCGGCGAUUGAAGCAAAUUCAUUGGUCAAAAUUAAGAAAUUAUGUCAUUAUUCAUCCGCUCUUGAAAUAUUCAAAAUGAUCUUUAGUUUCAAUACGCUCAGCGUGUGCAAAAGCGCUCCUAAAUAUUGAGCCCUUUAAUGCGCACGCCUGGAACCGAUGUGCUAAAAGAUCGAAGUGAACUUUCGCCUUAAAAGUCGUGUCGUGAAAAGUGUACAUUUUCCUGUAUAUACAUAAAUUUACAUAUUUAAUAUAAAAUAUUUAAAAUGAAGAGAUAUAUAUUAAGUUUUUAACAGCAACCUAUAGAUAAAACUGGAUACGUUUGUAUAUGAAAAUACCUUGCUAACAUUAAGAGUUUUAAGUUUAUUUUUUAUUGGAGUUUUGAUCUACGUUUCAAAUAAAUAAAAAAUAGUUCUGAGAAGUUGCUGUAUCUUUCCUAAAAAAAGUCUUUGGCUGAAAUGUUGCGAGAGCCUAAAACUGUGCAGGGAUGGACACUAAAGUCGUAUAAUAUUUUGAUAUAUGAAUUUAUUAAUAUUUAUAAGCCAUUUUUUAAUUUUUUUUAGGAAAAUAUUUUGUAUUCAACCUUAUGUCUUCUUUUUCGGAAGAAAGUAUUUGCUUUGUU